UGGUCAAAAUUAAAAUUGAUUGACAUUGACAAAUCAAAAAUCAAUAAAUAAAAUACUACCAAAGUUAUACUAAUUUUCUGAUUUAACAAAUGUUUUGGCAAGCUUUUUGUAUUAUCCAUUAAUCACGAAUACAAAGUCAAUGUAUAAGUUUCUACACUGUUAGUCAAUGAUCUCUGUCUCUUUCUCCAGUAGACCGUGUAUUGAUUUACAGCAACCAUCUGUUUUGAAGUUGUUGACUGCAAUGAGUCCUGUUGAAAGUGUGCCUGUUGCUGUCCUAGGUCAUGUUGACGACUAUGUUGAAUUACUUUAUGAUGACAUUCCUGAGAAAAUAAAAGGGUCAGCUCUUAUUUUACAACUAGCAAGAAAUCCAGACAACUUAAUAGAACUGGCUAGAAAUGAGGCGUUGUUGAGUGCUCUUUCUAGAGUUCUAAGAGAAGAAUGGAAAAGAAGUAUUGAGCUCAGUACGAAUAUUGUGUAUACAUUUUUCUGCUUCUCAACUUAUAUUGAAUUUCAUUCAGUCAUAAUUCAGUACAAAAUUGGUUCUCUAUGUAUGGAUGUUAUAGAUUAUGAACUGAAAAGAUAUGACCAGUGGAAAGAAAAAGUUGAGGGUAAAAAACAGCUAAUCAUGCCAGACAAAAAUGAAUUACCAAAGAGUCGUAUACCAGAACCAAAACGGAGACCUAAAUCAGGCACAUGGGCGGUGGCAGAUGUGAACAUACAAAAAUCUCGGUCCAUAGUCUCUAGUUAUCAUGAAGAUUUGUGCAAUGCGUCUGAUGAAUUCCUAUCAAAGAAUGAUGAAGAACAAAUGAAAAGAAAACUGAAGACACUGUCAAAGAGACAGGAACAGUUGCUGAGAGUUGCAUUUUAUAUGCUUUUGAACAUAGCUGACAAUGUUAAAGUGGAAGAGAAAAUGCAUAAGAAAGAUGUAGUUGGAUUACUGAUUGGAGCAAUGGAAAGACAUUCUAACAUUGACCUCCUUAUACUCAUUGUUUCAUUUUUGCAAAAGUUGUCCAUUUUUGUUGAAAACAAAAAUGCCAUGGCUUCUAAAGGUAUAAUUGAGAAACUAGCUCCAUUGUUAAACUCUCCCAAUGCAGACUUAGUAAAUGUUACCUUGAAACUCCUCUUUAAUUUGACUUUUGAUACUAAGCUACGCAACAAGAUGGUGAAAGUCAAUCUACUACCAAAGUUUGUUCAAUUUACAAGUGACGAUAAGCAUAUUAAUUUGGCAAUGAAAAUACUUUAUCAUCUUAGCUUGGAUGAUCGGGUCAAAGUCAUGUUCACACAAUCGGACUGUGUAAAACUUCUAACAGACAUGUUGCUGCUGAACGUGAACAGCGAAGUGAGCUGCGAAGGCCCGGGCACCACGGACGUGCUGCUGGCGCUGUGCGUCAACCUGGCGUGGUGCGAGCGCGCCGCGCAGCAGAUGUCCGCCGAAGGCCGCCUGCGCGAGCUGCUGGCGCGGGCCUUCCGGCACCGGAACUACAUGCUGAUGAAGCUGGUGCGCAACUUGUCGCACCAUGUGCAGAUCAAGCCUCUCUUUGUGGAGUUCGUCGGCGACAUAGCUGACGCGGUCACCAGCAGCAACGCCUCGGAAGAGUUCGUGAUCGAGUGCCUGGGGACGCUCAGCAACAUCCUGACCGUGGACAACAACAUCGACAUCCACGCCGUGGUGGAGCGCUACGACCUCAUCGAGUGCAUCCUGAAGUGGCUGGACGGCGCGCGCGGCUGCGACGCGGAGCUGGUGCUGGAGGCGGUGGUGGCGGCGGGCGCGCUGGCGGCGGACGAGCGCGCGGCGGCGGCGCUGGCGGCGCGCGCGGGCGGCGCGCUGGUUGCGGCGCUGCGCCAGCGGCAGGCCGACGACGAGCACGUGCUGCAGACCGUGUUCGCGUUCCGGCAGCUGCUGGCGCACCCGCGCGCCGCCGCGCACCUCGUCUCCAGCACCGAAGCACCGGCGUACUUGAUAGAUCUCAUGCAAGACAAAAAUGCUGAAAUACGGAAGAUGUGCGAUUCUUGUCUCGACAUCAUUUCACAAAUGCAAAAUGAUUGGGCAGCGAGAAUUAAGGUGGAGCGCUUCCGGUGCCACAACGGGCAGUGGCUGUCGGUGGUGGAGACGCUGGGCGCGGAGGCGGGCGCGGGCGGCGGCGCGGGGGACGCGCCCGACGACCUGCCGCCCUACCUCUCCGCCGAGUACCUCACCACGCACCGCCUCGCCACCACCAGCUCCGACUCGCAGAUAUCCCUUAACGACGAUUCAGACAGCUUUUCUGGUGAAGCGGACUACAAUCGCGCAAACAGCAGAAAUACUCAAGACGGACAAAGUGAUGAGUUAUUAGGAUUGUCAGAUUCACUUUCAGGAAAAACAUCAGAAGAUGAAACACAGUUCACGAAGAGUGUUCAUGCAUUCUCAUAGAUUUCCUAGAGUCACGUACCUGCGGUAUUAACUAUUAAGCACGCACGUAAAUAUCUAGCUAUUUCGAUGGGGUCAGCAACCUGCAGCUCUUUCGAUGUGAAAUUGUGGCUCUUUGCGCCAAUUUUUAAUAUUUUAUUAUAAACACCUUAAUUUAACCUUAAAUUAACAAACACUUGUUUGCGCUUUUAAGAAGUAUUUAAAUUAAAAAUGCCUACUAUCAUGUUACAUGUGUUAUUACAUGCCGAAUAUGCCAAGCGUAGAUACUAAAUUGUAUAAAAAAAAAUACUAAACUAUACGAUAACCUUUACACACGUCGCCGAUUAUUCCCUAUUUAAUCUUAAAAUGAGAUAGGCGCAACAAGCAGCGCAAGAACCAGCUCAUGACUAAGGGCCCGACGUUGUAUCACGUGAGUUUUAGCCGUGUUUGUAUAAUAAAUUAAUAUGAAUAACACUCACGAUAGUUUAAAAUUUUAAAACAAAUCUUAAUUGUUUAAAUAUAUACAAGUUUUUAUCAAUAGCAUUGUUGAGAUCUUUAGAGCAUGAUGGUGCCUGGAAACGUCCAUUCCAUAGCCAACUAAACAUCGUGUGUAAAUAUUAAACUAAAAGAUUCGUCCGCCGCUGAUUCCGUUAUGGUACACUAUUGAUAUUGCAGAAGGAUACACAUACAAUAGGCUAGUUGCCACUUUUUUAAAAACAGCAUUAAAUUGUUCAUUACCGUUCUAUUCAAUCGUAAAAAUUACAUGAUUUUUUUGAGACUUAAAUACCUACUCCCACAUUCCCCAAUAGUAACGUUAGAUUAAAUUUUUGAUUAAAACUGUUAGUCCAGUCGUUUUAGGGGUUUAAAAUGCCUAAAAUUAUUGGACUAUGUGAGUUAAAUCGUUUUAAAGCAAAAAAUUUGGUCAUGUUCUAAUUUGACAUGUGAAAUGGCAGACAAUGGUUUUUUUUUGAGUUGAGUAAGUGCCGAUGUCGGACCACUACGGCGACACCGGGGGGUUUGGGCGAGCGCAGCAGCAUCACUUAAUGAGACCCGAAGGCUGAAAUAAAGAUAGAGGACGACUCUAAGGAUGUCCUAUGAGACUCGGACCUCGGCUUAGAGGACCAUUCGGGAGGAGGUGACCUGAAUGAAUCAGUCCGGACGCCCCAAGAUCGUGAGUUAGAAAACCCACGUCCGUGUGAUGUUAGAUAUCAGGGACCUCGUCUUCGCCGGCGAAAACGCUGUGUAGCUUGUGAUUGUGUUGCCCGGGAAGCAUUGUCGGUCGUCAUGUCAAAGUCUGGAUCGUAAAGGAACACUGAUUUUGGCGUUUGAAAAAAUAGAUAACAUACGCAAUAAUUAACUUGAGUUUUAAAUUUUAUUGUUUAUUAAAAAAUUGUAUACAACCGAUCCUUAUUCCAUAUACUAUACGGAAUUAAUAUUGUUUAUAUUAAUUUAUUAUUUGAUGAGUCAACUACCCUAUUAUGAUAAAGUAAUGAUACAUUUUUCAAGCUAUAAUGUAUGCAAUCUUUCAAGUAUUAAAAAAAAUUAAUAAGCUAUACAGACAUUAAA